AUGUCUACGGCGAGGUUCAAAAAGGAUAAAGAGAUCAUCACGGAAUACGAGAGCCAAGUCAAAGAGAUCAGGGCCCAGCUGGUGGAGCAGCAGAAAUGUCUGGACCAGCAGACCGAGAUGAGGGUCCAGCUGCUGCAGGACCUUCAGGACUUCUUCAGAAAGAAGGCCGAAAUAGAGAUGGAGUACUCCAGAAACCUUGAGAAACUGGCCGAACGCUUCAUGGCAAAGACUCGCAGCACCAAGGACCACCAGCAGUACAAAAAAGACCAAAACCUGCUGUCCCCGGUCAACUGCUGGUACCUGCUGCUGAACCAGGUGAGGAGGGAGAGCAAGGACCACGCAACCCUUAGUGACAUCUACCUCAACAACGUCAUCAUGAGGUUCAUGCAGAUCAGCGAGGAUUCCACACGGCUCCUAAAGAAGAGCAAGGAAAUAGCUUUCCAGCUCCAAGAAGACUUAAUGAAGGUCUUAAAUGAGCUGUACACAGUGAUGAAGACCUACCACAUGUACCACUCGGAGAGCAUCAAUGCUGAGAGCAAGCUGAAGGAGGCUGAGAAGCAGGAGGAGAAGCAGAUUGGCAGGGGCGAUCCUGUCUUCAGCAUACGAAUGGAGGACAAAUACCAGAGACGCAGCUCUGUGAAGAAGAUCGAGAAGAUGAAAGAGAAGCGUCAAGCCAAGUACUCUGAAAACAAGCUGAAGUCGAUCAAAGCUCGGAACGAAUACCUGCUGACACUGGAAGCGACAAACUCGUCCGUUUUUAAAUAUUACAUCCACGACUUACCGGACUUAAUUGAUUGCUGCGAUUUGGGCUACCACGCAAGUCUAAAUCGGGCCUUGCGGACCUACCUGUCGGCAGAGUACAACCUGGAAACGUCCCGCCACGAGGGCCUGGACAUCAUUGAAAAUGCAGUGGACAGUCUUGACCCCAGAAGUGACCGACAGAGGUUCAUGGAGAUGUACCCUACAGCCUUCUGCCCACCAGCCAAAUUCGAGUUCCAGUCUCACAUGGGGGACGAAGUUUGUCAAAUCUCAGUGCAGCCACCGGUGAACGGGGAGCUCAUCCUGAGGUUCCAGCAGCUGCUGUCGCGCCUGGCCACCCUAAAGAUUGAAAACGAAGAGGUCAAAAAGACAUCUGAGGCCACCCUGACCACCAUCCAGGAUAUGGUAACCAUUGAAGACUAUGAUGUGUCUGAGUGCUUCCACCACAGCCGGUCCACCGAAUCGGUGAAGUCCACUGUGUCUGAGACGUACCUCAGCAAGCCCAGCAUUGCCAAGAGGAGGGCCAACCAGCAAGAGACAGAACAGUUUUACUUCAUGAAAUUCCGGGAGUUUCUGGACGGCAGUAAUCUUAUCUCAAAACUGCAGGCCAAGCAUGACCUGCUGAAGAGGACCCUGGGUGAAGGCCAUAGAGCUGACUACAUGACCACAAGCCGUGGACGACGGAACUCACAUACUCGACAUCAGGACUCUGGACAAGUUAUCCCCCGAGUGGUUGAAAGCUGCAUCCGCUACAUAAAUCUGUAUGGCCUCCAGCAUCAAGGAAUCUUUCGUGUGUCUGGCUCCCAGCUUGAAGUAAAUGAUAUCAAGAACUCAUUUGAAAGAGGAAACGACCCUCUGACAGAUGAUGAGGAUAAUCAUGACAUCAAUUCAGUGGCCGGCGUUCUUAAACUGUACUUCCGUGGUCUGGAGAACCCUCUUUUCCCCAAAGAGAGAUUUAAUGAUCUGCUGUCUUGCAUUAGAAUAGAAAACCUGUAUGAGAGAGCUCUGUACAUCCGCAAGAUCCUCCUUACCAUUCCCAGAUCGGUCCUGAUUGUGAUGCGCUAUCUCUUCGCCUUCCUCAACCAUCUGUCCCAGUACAGCGAUGAAAACAUGAUGGACCCGUACAACUUGGCCAUAUGUUUUGGCCCAACGCUCAUGCCCACGCCAGACAGCCAAGACCAGGUCUCAUGCCAAGCUCACGUGAAUGAGAUCAUUAAGACUAUCAUCAUCCACCACGAGAGCAUCUUUCCUGACCCCAAAGAGCUGGAUGGGCCUGUCUAUGAGAAGUGCAUGGCAGGGGGAGACUACUGUGAGAGCCCCUACAGUGAGCACGGAGCCCUUGAGGAAGUGGACAAUGAGGGCGGGGCAGAGACACACACCAGUGAGGAUGAGGGCGAGCCAAUUGAAGCCAUCGCCAAGUUCGACUAUGUUGGACGCUCCUCUCGAGAGUUGUCCUUCAAGAAGGGCGCCUCCCUGCUGCUUUACCAGCGGGCGUCUGAAGACUGGUGGGAGGGACGGCACAACGGCAUCGAUGGCCUGGUGCCACACCAGUACAUAGUAGUCCAAGACAUAGAUGACAAUUUCUCGGACACCCUGAGUCAGAAAGCGGACAGCGAGGCCAGCAGUGGCCAUGCCGGAGAGGACAAAUGCUCAGGAAAAGACCUCAGCUCUCCCAGCGACACCAGAAUCUCCGAGGCCUACAUCAGCAGCAGGCACAGAAAAAGGUGCGACCCACCAUCUCGGCGGCCCCCUGCCCGCCCCAGCGACGUCCACUGCAUGGUGCAUACUUCCCAGCAGGGUCACGGCGGGGCGACGGAGCUGGGCUCACCAGUUCUGGGCCACUUCAGCCCGCGGGACAUGCUGCGAAGCCGCAACCACAUGCCCAUGGACAGCCCUGAGCGCCGCCGCCGCACCGGCCACGGCAGCCUCACCAACAUCAGCCGCCACGAGUCCCUCAAGAAGAUGGAGAGCCCCCCGAUCCGCCGCUCCACCUCCUCGGGCCAGUACACGGGCUUCACCGACGCGCACCACCACCACCACGGCGGCGGCAAGCCCCUGGACCCGGAGACCAUCGCACAGGACAUAGAGGAAACUAUGAACACGGCUCUGAACGAGCUGCGUGAGCUGGAGCGGCAGAGCUCGGCCAAGCACGCCCCCGACGUGGUGCUGGACACCCUGGAGCAGCGGCAGACCUCCGGCGGCAGCGGCGGGGGCCCCACGCCGGCCAGCUCCAGCGAGUCCCUGAGCCCCAUCCACGGCGUCAUGCUCCGCUCCACGGCCCACACCGAGCCGCCCAUCCGCCGCAGCGCCAGCUCCUCCAGCGACGCCAUGAGCACCUUCAAGCCCGUGGUGGCCCCACGCAUGGGCGUGCAGCUCAAGCCGCCGGCCCUCAGGCCCAAACCCGUGGUCCUGCCAAAGACCGGCCAGGCCCCACAGCCUCCUGCCGCGUCUGCCCAGGACCCCCUGGACAAGUCCUGCACCAUGUGA